AUGAAUGUUUUUAACUCACAGGCCACCUGGGAGGUGCUACGACCGAGACAGCCGAUUCAACCCUGGCACGACAUUGUGUGGUUCAAAGGAGCUGUCCCGAAGCACGCUUUCACGAUGUGGGUAGCUAACUAUGACAGAUUACCAACAAGAGCUAGACUGGUGUCAUGGGGUCUUUCUAUACCCAUUAUGUGCCCCUUCUGUAACGCAAUGCCUGAAACCAGGGACCAUCUGCUCCUCUCAUGCCAGUAUAGCUUCGAAGUUUGGUCUUUAGUCUUCAGUAGAUGCAGUAGUUCUCACCGGAGAAUUGCAGACUGGGAUGAGUUUUUAUCUUGGAUUCGAGCUGCCCAAUCUAGGACGAACCUUCUGCUGUGGAAGCUGGCUUCUCAAGCGGUUGUGUUCCAUCUUUGGAAACAGAGGAACAACCUGAUUCAUAACAACGCCUCUAUGCCUGCUGCAAACGUAUUCAGGGAUAUUGACAGGGUGAUGAAGAACAUCAUCUCUUCUAGGAGAUCGAUCUACGACAAAUCUUGGCAUUUGGUGGCGCGUGCUCUCGUGUGGAGACUCCUCCGUACCGGAUCUGUUCUUCAUCGUCGUGUUUAUUUCAUCGGAGUUCGGACGGAGUGGAGCAGUGGCGCGUGA